ACGCGGGAACCCUGUCAUUUUGGUGAAAAGUCACGUGAAUGACAGAACUCUGACGUCGCUGUUUGUAAACAACUCCAAAUUCGGAUUUUUCAGUUUAUUUCAAAACACAUUUUCUGCCACUAAUUGAGAGACACAUUCAGCGCUUAAGAAUCAUUCAACUGGUCUGGUUAAUAUGCGUUCACCAAAAGUGCAGCAAUACCUACAGAUAAAGGAUAACAAUUCCUUUGUGUGGGCCAAGAUUCGUGGUUCCAGCUAUUGGCCAGCAAUAGUAGUGAAGGACAAUUCGAAUAUACCUUUGAAAGCGCCUGAGAACAAGCAGUGGGUGUACUUUCUCCACACGCACAAUUAUUAUUGGGUGAAGAAUGAGAAUAUGAAGCCCUACAAAAAGUUCAAAGAGCAGUUUCGAAAAAAGCGAACUGACUGUGCUAUGAACGAAAUGGAUGAUAUUAUUAGAAAUGUGACCAUCGAUGCCGGCUAUAAAAUCGCCUUAGUUCCAUAUGAGCCCAGUGCCUCUUCCAGGAUAAAACGAUCAAACACCAAGUCACCCAAAGUAAAUAACACCCAAGCAAGAAGAACACCUCGAGUGCCUACUCCAAGACAUAUUGCUGCAGACGUUGACUGUAAAGUAGUAAAAUCGAAACAGUUUUUUGGCUUUUUAGCUGGCAGCAUUUAUUCGGAAGGCAUUAUCAAGAAUCUCAUAAAUGCUCAGCACAAACUGUGUGUUUGGAGCAUAAACGCGAAUUUGAGCAAAAGUUUGCAGAGUUAUGCAAUUAAGCGGCGCUCGUUUCUCACCGUCUGCACUUCACCUAGAGAGGUGGUAAGAAAUUCAAGUAUGACAUUUAGCAAUAUCGGCGAUCCAGAGAAAAUCAAAGAGGUUUUAGAACAGUUAGGCGUAAACAACCCCAUGGAUAAUCUCCUUGUAGGGGCAAGUUUCAUUGAAAUGUCUUGUUACGAUCCCGAGACUGUAUUCGACAAUUUCCACGCCACAAUUAAAGAAAAGAAAAUCAAAUACCUUGAGGCAAUGUUGCAGUGUACCAGUCAGGAGGCCCUCGAUGGGGAAAUCGCGAUUCUGGCAGCAGGUUCACAGCCUCUAUUCGAAAGUUGCCAGUCCUGUUUCGACUCCAUUAGCAGGACUUCACGUUUUUUGGGGCCACUUGGAUCAGCGCGCAAAAUGCAUCUGCUCUUCCAAAUGAUGAAAGGCGUGUUUAUUGCCACUUUGGUUGAGGGUUUCACUAUGGCCGAACGAAGCUGCUUGGAGAUGGACGCCUUUAAUGAUGCACUGCAGGCCACUUCGAUGUCCAACGACUAUUUGAAAAAUAAAGCUGACGCUAUAGAGAUAAACAGAAUGGCGCUGCCCAAACAUACCCAGGACCCGAUAGAGCAGAUGCAAAGCGAAAUUUCUCAAGGCUUAGAAUUGGCUGAUAAACACUUGCACCCCAUGCCCCUCACAUCUUAUACUAAUCAACUAUUUAAAAAUGCUCGACGAUUAGAACGCGACGGUAAAGAUGCUGUCAGCAUUUUCCAAACGAGUUAUUAAGUAGGUCAUUUUAUUUUUACUAAUUUUUCUAUUAAAGUUACAUUUUCACACGUGCGUAUCCAGGAAAAGUAUUCAACAACGUU